AUGAUUCACAACCUUGACUCUGACUUCGAAUCGUUAUUAUCACAUAACUGGCACCCAGAGUUUGUAUUUUUUGACCCAGGAAUGAUGACUGUCGCUGGCAUUGUUGGAAGUACAGGCCUCGUUGGAUCUCGAAUUCUCGCCAUCCUUAACGAAAAUCCCUCCAUCACAAAAAUCCACAGCCUCUCGCGCCGUCCGCCCCUAGCGCCAAAAACUGCGUCCACAAACUCCUUGGCGGAGACCAAGCUCAACUCUUUGACGCUGGCCGACUCGUCGGAGUGGCCUUUGGAACUAAGUACGGUCACUCCGACCCCAACCAUUUUCUUCUCCGCCUUGGGAACGACCAAGGCUGCAGCUGGGUCCGUAGCCAUACAACGCCAGAUCGACUAUGAGCUCAAUCUAUCUCUCGCGAAGAGCGCCAAAGAAAUAGACGCCAAAGUAUACGUACUCAUAUCAUCGGCUGGCGCGAAUUCGAAAUCUCUCCUGCCCUAUCCAAAGAUGAAAGGCGAGCUGGAAGAUGCAGUACAAAAGCUAGGCUUCAAAACGGUUGUCAUUCUACGUCCAGGCCUAUUGCUCGGAGACCGAGCCGAGAGUCGACCGGCAGAAUGGGCCGUGCGCAAGUUUGCUGGCAUUGUGGGGCUUCUAGGUCAGGGAGCUACGGAUUUCUGGGCUCAGGAUGCUGCAGUCGUGGCUCAAGCAGCUGUUUCUGCUGGUCUGACAGCUUUGAAGGAGGAUAAAGGAAGUACAUGGGAAUUGACUCAAGCGGACAUUGUAAAGAUGGGGCGUCAUGAGGAGCAAAAUAAAUAA